AUGUCGCUCGCCGGGCUGAACGCGGCGGCGGACCAGCUCACGAUCGCGCGCGAGCACGCGAUGCUCGGCGAUUACGACACCGCGCGGGUGUACUACCAGGGCGUCAUCUCGCAGGUCGCGCGGCACUGCCGCGCGGUCGGCGCGACGAGCGGCGCGGGCGCGUCCGCGUCCGACGCGCAUCGCGCGCGUCGAUGGCUCGGCGCGCAGUCGCAGCUCAACGACGAGCUCGAGUCCGUCGCCGCGCUCGCCGCCGAGCGCGCGGUGUUCAGCGCGCGGCCGGGGACGGCGUCGUCGCCGUCGCUAUCGCGCGAGGGCGGGCGGUUCAUCCAUCUCCCGGGAUCGCCGUCGCGCGCGCCGCGGGCGACGCCGCCCCCGGAUCUGACGUGGAUGGGGGGGGGCGCGGCCGGGAAGGCGGGACAGCAGCAUCACGGCGGCGGCGGCGGCGGCGGCGGCGCCAAGGCGGCGUUGAAGUCCCCGCGCGAUCGCGACGACCGCGGCGCGCGCAACGCGCCGCAACACGUCGGCCCGGACGGCGACCUCGCGGACGGCCUCUCGAGAGAUAUCCUGGACAAAUCCCCGAGCGUGCGAUGGGACGACAUCGCGGGCCUCGAGGACGCGAAGCGGCUCCUCGAGGAGGCGGUGGUGCUGCCGUUGCUCAUGCCGGAUUAUUUCCAAGGCAUCCGCCGGCCGUGGAAGGGCGUGCUGAUGUUCGGGCCGCCGGGCACGGGGAAGACGAUGCUCGCGAAGGCGGUCGCGACGGAGUGCGGGACGACGUUCUUCAACAUCUCCUCCUCCACGCUCGCGUCGAAAUACCGCGGCGAGAGCGAGCGGAUGGUGCGAAUCUUGUUCGACCUCGCGCGACGGCACGCGCCGUCGACGAUUUUCAUCGACGAGAUCGACUCGCUGUGCACGUCGCGAGGCGCCGCGGGCGAGCACGAGGCGUCGCGGCGCGUCAAGUCCGAGUUCUUAGUCCAGAUCGACGGCUGCAGCGGCGGCGGCGGGGGGGGGGAAGACGGCGCGUCGACCGCCGCGCCCGUGAUGGUCCUCGCUGCGACGAACUUUCCGUGGGACAUCGACGAGGCGCUGCGACGACGCCUUGAGAAGCGCAUCUACAUCCCUCUGCCGGACCGCGCCGCGCGAUCCGCGCUCGUGAACAUCAACGUCAGCGGCGUCGAGGUCGCGGACGACGUCGAUUUCGACGCGCUCAGCGAGUCCAUGAACGGGUACAGCGGCGACGACAUCACGAACGUGUGCAGGGACGCGGCGAUGUGCGGGAUGCGGAGGAAAAUCGUCGGGAAGAAGCCGGAGGAGAUUCGAGCGAUGAGCCGAGAGGAGGUGGCCGCGCCGAUCACGAUGUCGGACAUGACCCAGGCGCUGCGGCGGAUAUCCCCCAGCGUGAGCAAGGAGGACGUGGAGCGGCAUAUGGAGUGGCUCGCGGAGUUUGGGAGCACGUGA